AUGAGUAGUAAAGGGACAGAAAGGAAGAAAAGGGAUAGAGAAGUAGAGUCGCCGAAAGAGAACGAGCAGGUCUUCCAAAGAAGCAAAAUAACAGUAAGAUCACCUCUGCAACCGAGAGAGAAGGAAAAUCAAGAAGAUAUAGAGAUGGAGGAGGUCAAGAAGAUGAUCAGCGAACUUGCGACACAAAUCAGAGAUGAUAUGAGAGAAAGUAAUAAACAAUUAUUGAAUGAAUGGAAUACACAGCUUAAAGAGGAGCUUAAAACAAUAAGAGAAGAAUUAAAGCAAACAAGAGAUCAACUACAGGAGCAAAAUCAAGAAAUUAGAGAUAAGCAUGAAGAAUGGAAGAUAGCUAAGGAAGAAAUGGGAAAGAGAGUGGGUGAAGUGGAAAGUCAACUAGAUCGAAUGGAGAGAGAAAAGAGAAGAAAUAAAGUGGUGAUGAUGGGAUUGGAAAUAGAAACAGGAGAGCAGAAUCAGAUAAUUGGAAAAGUGACAAAAUUUUUAGAAGAGAAGGUCAAAGUAAAGAGUAAAGUUAAAAGCGCGUACAAAAUUGCAGAGAAAGUUUAUGUAGUGGAAUUCGAAAACAGAGAAGAAAAAAUAAAUAGAAGGAAGAAAACGAGGAAAAAGGGAAGCAAACAAGGCAAAGGAAAAGGAAAAGGAAAAGGAAUAAAUGAUGUAGAUAGGGAAAUCGGAAAAAGGGAAGCUGGUACAAAAUUAGGAGAAAAAGGGGUGAAGGUACUGUUUUGGAAUGUCCAAGGGUUGCGAAAAAAGGAAAAGGAGUUCUGGGACUACGUGGGAAAAUUUGAUGUUGUGGGGCUAGUAUAG